AUGACUUCUUUAAUAUUAUCUCCUUGUGAAUCCUGCUUGACUCUUGCUGAAUCACCACAACAGUAUAACGCCCAAUAUGUAUCCAGUUACCUAGCAUCACGACCUAUUAACAACUCCACUGAUACUAUGGAUCAAAACCACGAUGCAGAAUUCACUAUAGCUUACAAUUAUACCAAUAUCAACGUCAAGUUAUCAUCGAUUUUAUGCUUGGUCAAUAUCCAUUCCUCAAAGAAAAUCACCAUCAAUGAAGUCACUGUCAACCAUUUAUUCUUAUACUUGCACUACCACCAAUGUACUCUAUUUCAAAAGAGUGAUAUCCACAUUUGCCAGUUGACUUUGGCGCAUUUAGGUAAAAGAUACCUGUUCUCAAAUCUUUACAGUUUACCAUCACCAACGCUAAUCAACGACUUGAAAAUUGAUACUUAUCCUAAUAUGUUGCUAACGAUCAGAGACGGGGAUUUUGUUGCCUAUAGAUUUGAUAUUGGUACAUUCUUAUCUACUCAACUGACAUUUGUCGACAAGUCCACAGGUGAUCUUACCUAUAUGGAUACUUGGGCAAGAAAAUUAAAAGAUCUUCAAAAGCACAAACGAAAUAAUACCACUGGAAUUCGCAAGCGAUCCGGAUUCAGGGCGUUCUUCAAGAAAAUAGCUGUAUAG